AUGUCAGCGCCGUCGAGUCCUGCCGGCGGCGGGCCCGGCACGCCGCUUCAACCAUUAUCGCAUAACGCACAGCGCGAAUCCUCGAUGUUUUCAACGCUUCAACAACAACGCGGAGUUGCCGCCGCCGGUUCCGCUGCUCCACGCGACAGCUCGGUGCAUGAGAAAAUCAACCAGUUCAACUCGCUGGCUAUGCAGUCCAAACAGCUCGAACGCAAGACAGCCGAUGCUGCCCUCAAACGCGCUAUUUUGGGUCGUGAAGAGGCCGAAGCAGAGAUGCGCCGGUAUCGCGACGAAGUUAUGAAGCUCAGGAAGCUGAUUGAGGAGGGUAAGGAUAGGGAGCGCAGGGUUGGGGAAAGAUUGGAGGCGGUCAUGGAGAACUAUGGGCGCGCCAAAGAAACACACGCGCACACCCAGCAGUUAUGGGAGAAGGAGAUUCGACGCACCCGAAAAGAGGCGUUCAAGGCACAGAGUGCCCUUGUCAAGAUGCAAGAAGAGCUCAAGUCCUGUCGAACAGCCCAAAAAGCUGCCGAAGAGGAGCUCCAGAGCGAGCGGGAGCGCGGCAAGGCGCGGGAACAAGAGGCAUUCUCUGCGCAGUACAAGCUCGUCGGUCUGCAAGAACAGCUGGAUCAGGCGCUGGAACGAGUCAAGAUGCUGGAGCAGGAGCGUGACGCCCUCAAAACAUUGGUUGAGAACCAGCAAGAGGUGAGGCGCAUCUCCUCGGAGAGCAAGCAUCCCUUGGCGCUCUCGGAGGCGGGCAUGGAGGAAGAUGAAACGGACGAAGAGACGCCGAGAAAACGCCAGCGCAUGUCGGCCGACGACGCCGAUGUUGAGGCCCUCAGGUUGAUGUGGCAGUGGGAGAAGCAGCGGGCCGACCGGGCAUUGGAACAGGUCCAAUUCCUCGAAGUGGAGUGCCAGUUGAAGAUCUGCCCUACCGGCAAGUCGCUACGGCGGCGUAGCGCGCGGGGGACGUCUAGCCCGCGCGGCAAACGCAGCAGCCUCUUACGAGUCGCAGAUGCGGGGGACGCGAUGAUCCUUGGGGAGAAUCCGCUGACCACUUCGGAGUCAACCAAAUCGUCGCUCAAGCGAUCCAAAACCGACAUGCUCAGGGAGGACAAGGAGCCAAGGCGGAGCACCAUCUUCGUACCUGAGGAAGGCAUCUUCCGGACCGUGUCGCAGGCCGAAGCUGACGCCGCGGUGAUGAAGUCCGCCUCGUCAGGGGUGUCUCCUACGGAAGCUACCGGCAGCCUGCUGCACACUCCGACAGACAGCGACCCACAUUAUCGCCGCACCCCGUCUGUGGACCCUCCAGAUUUUGCCAUGCUGACAGGGGAGCGGACCUCCCUCCUUUCCCUGCUCGAAGCACCACACCGGCAAUCCGGCCCGUCGCCAAUCUUCAACAUCCCCACCACACCCGGCCCCGACCCGGUAGAGGCUCAAAACCAACCACACUCAGAGCCCGUAUCCGAACCAGAACCUUUGGAGGAACAGCCCGCAACAUCCACCAGACCUCCUCCAACAAUCACGCAAACAACCAUCAUCCCUCCACCAGACCUCGUCUCAGCGCCUCUAACCGACCCGCUUCCAUCCCGGAUUACCACAACCUUCACCCAAGAUGAAAACGCGCGCCCAGACCCGGCCGCCUACCACCGCCCGCACACCUCAACAUCACAUUACCACCACCCUGUCACGACAACAGUCACGACAACAACCAAAGUCCCCCUCCGCGAGGAAACAAAGGACCCGAACCUCGCCCAGCGGCUAAUGAAGAUGCAACGGGCAGCGAUCGCGACCCCGCUAGCCCGCCCCCACAACAACAACAACACCCUUCCGACCACCCCCGCGAACAGGGGAGAGGAAGACGCCGAUGUACUAGGAGGUACAGGCCCCAGCUUCGACGUGACUAACCCGGCCCUGACGCCCACCAUGACACGGGAGGAGGCCCUGGCGCAGAUCAGAGAGCGUAGGGGACGGGCGAGGAGCGCGGGUCGUGGACCGAAUACCCAGGCGGCGGCAGGUGGUGGUGUGCCAGGUAACGGAGCGGGAACUGCAAGAGGGGUUAGUGUGAGCCGAAAUGGAAGUGGAAGUGGGAAUGGGAAUGGAACUGUGAGGCGGGCGGCUGGAGGAGGAGGAGGAGCUGGUGGUGACGGGGCGGAUAAUAACAACUUGAAAAAGACGACUGCGAUGCCGGGCCACGGUACUACGGGCGCUGAUAAGGACAGGGCCAGGGGCAGGGAGCGGGAUCGCAGGGAUGUUAGUGCCCCUAGUACCGGUGCGGCUAGGGGCGCGGCGGUUGUGAGAGGAGUGAGUGCGCGGCGGGUGAGGUCUUGA